UACCAGCUGGCGCCUUUUAAGAGAUGCAGUUCUGUGGAGAGAGCGGCCGCUCUGCUGCCGAGGAAGCUGUUCCUUCACCUGAGGCAGGCCCCAAGUCUACUGGUAUGAGCCGGCGCUCCUGCAGCUGCUCUCCACGACCAUCACCCUGCUCCUGCAGCUCCAGCCGCAGCACCGUGACAGCCUCCGGGCGUCCUCGCCCUUCGAGCUGUUGUAAAGAAGAAAGUUCCAUUCUUCCUGUCAAAAUGAAGGGUGAUUUUAAUUGUAAACAUGUUCAUUUGGAACUUAAACUGGUAAAACCUGAUGACAAUGGAAGACAAGAUUCCUACACUUGUGCAUAUUCAGAAGAUUCUUGUAAAGACUGCAUUACAGACUAUGAAAGGUUAUCAUAUAUUGGGUCACCAAUUGUGAGCCCUAUAAUUGCAAAAUUUGACACAGAAAGCAAGCCUUUGCAUAACAAGGAAAAUCAACAUGUGCAGCAAACACUUAAUAGGUCAAAUGAAAUAGAACUAGAGACCAGUAGACUUUAUGAAGACAGUGGCUAUUCCUCAUUUUCUCAGCAAAGCGGUUUCCGUGAACAUGAAGAAAAUAGCCUUCCCCUGGAGGAGAAUUUCAGUCCACAACCCUUCUUGCUUCAGUCACAAAGCCCAGAGCAAUAUCCCAAUAAAAAUUUGCUGCCAGUUCUUCAUUUUGAAAAAGUGGUUUGUUCAACAUUAAAGAAGAAUGCCAAACGAAAUCCUAAAAUAGAUCGAGAGAUGCUAAAGGAGAUUAUAUCUUUAUCUAGUGGAAAUUUUAAACUACAGAAUAUAAUUGGCAGGAAAAUGGGACUAGAAUGUGUAGAUAUUCUUGGUGAACUCUUCCAAAGAGGACUCAGACAUCUCUUAGCAAAUAUUUUGGCACAACUCAGCGAUAUGGACUUAAUCAAUGUGUCUAAAGUGAGCACAACUUGGAAGAAGAUUCUAGAAGAUGAUAAAGGAGCAUUCCAGUUGUAUAGUAAAGCAGUGCAAAGAGUGACCGAAAAAAACAUUAAAUUUUCACCACACGCUACAACCAGAGAAUAUGUUGCAUUGAGAACUGCAUUGGCUUCUGUUCAGAAAUGAGCCCAGGCUCCUCCAAAAAAAGAUGGUCAGACUAAGUUAUCCAAUCCAGGUGAUCAAAAAGUUUCUACUUACAGUCGACACAGUGAAUUUUCUGAGGUUGCAAAGACUUUGAAAAAGAACGAAAGUCUCAAAGCCUGUAUUCGCUGUAAAUCACCUGCAAAAUUUGAUAGCUACUUACAGCGAGCAACCUGCAAACGAGAAGGCUGUGGAUUUGAUUAUUGUACAAGGUGUCUGUGUGAUUAUCAUGCCUCCAAAGACUGUUCAAAUGGCAAACUCCUAAAAGCUGGUUGUAAAAUGGGUCCUCUGCCUGGUACUAAAAAAAGUAAAAAGAAUUUACGAAGAUUGUAAUCUCUUGUUAAGUAAUUAUAGCUGAUCCUGAAGGUUAGUUAGAAAAUGUUGGUAUUUUUUAAAAAAAAAAAGUAUUUUGAUUUCUAGUUUUAUGUUACAAUUAGGGUAGUAUCUGGAGUUUUUUUCCAGCAAAUCUUAAAGAAGACAUACAACCUCUUAAAGUAUUUUACAACUUAAUACAGAAAGAUUAAAAUUCUCAGUACAAAUUAGAAAAUUGAAAUAUUUUAUGAAAAAGAGGAAAACUAGUUAGGUAAUUAUUUGUGAUUCAGAAAGUAAAAUAAAAUUCAUUAAAUUUUAUAGUAAAAGAAAGCCAUGUAAUUUUACCUGGAAAAUCUUAAACAUGAAUUUGGCUUACCAUAUAUUAGCAUUUCAGGCAUUUUAUUUGCCUUACUAAAUUAAUACCAAUUGAACUAUCAAGUCCUGAAGUUUGUUGACUUUAAAUGUUUUGUUGCCUUUCUUGAGUCUUUUUUUCAGUGUGCAUAUUUUUCUACAAAAGUUCUUUGUGAAAUCUUGCUUGUUUUCCUUCUGAAGUCUGUUUUAAUAUUUUGUAUAUAUUUUUGUAAAUAUAAAUAUUUCUAUAUUUUUAUGUGUCUU